CGUGGGUCUUUCUCGUGUGGUGUUGAGCUUUGUCUUCUUCUUCUGGCCUUCCUCUUCCUCUUCCUCUUCCUCUUCUUCUUCUUCCUCAACUCCAUUUCUCUGCGCAAUAGCGUGCGCGAAUGUGAAGGCGAAGGUUGGAGUCAAAGCACUGAAUCACGGUAGCCUUUGCUUAUUGUUUGCCGCUAAUUAUGAGUGGAGCUCCUAAAAGAUCUCACGAGGAGAGUGGUCAUUCCUCUUCAAAGUACACCCAUGAAGAUCUUACCCCAUAUCCUAGGCUGAUGUCUGCAGUGUCUAGUGAAUAUCAUCUGUCCCACGACACGGGUCAAGAAAGUCGAAUGGCGAAGAUCCCCAGGACUGAGUCUCGAGAUUCAGAUAGAAGAUCGCCCAUGCAUUCGGUCUUUCGGAUGCCGUCCUCCUCGCUGGAUGACCCACAUUUAGAUCAUGCCGCUUCUUCCGAAAGCAGGUUGGAAGCUAGGGAUGCAAAGGAUGGCAGAGAUUUCAGGGUUGAUAACCGGGAUCCCAAGCCCGAGAUAAGGGAGUCGUAUGAGACGAAGAGGGAUUCUCAGCAUAUGAGAAGUGAAAGGGAGGGGAAAGUUGAAAUCAGAGGCGAUGACAGUAAGAAAUUGAAGUAUGAAAGGGAUAGUUACAGUGAUCCUAAGGUCGAUGGAAAGGUGGAAAAGGAAAGCUAUGGUGCUGGGAGCAGUCACUUGAAUUGGAAAGAAUCAAAAGAGUACCACAGAGGCAAAAGGUAUUCUGAAACACCAAGCGGAAGCAUGGACCCAUGGCAUAUUCAGCGCAAUAAUCCACCAGGACAAUUUGAGUCGGCCAAGGAAGAUUCCACAACUGAAGAGCGGGGUCACAUAGAAACUCACGAGGCUGUUGGCGAGAACAAAAUUGACACAAAAAUUGAUGAUAAGCUGAAAGAUAAGGAUAGGAAAAGGAAGGAUGUGAAGCACCGAGAAUGGGGUGAAAGAGACAAAGAUAGAAUUGAUCGUAGGAGCAGUAUGCCUCUAAACAAUAGCGCUGCCGAUUUCAAAGACCCUGCGAGAGAAGAAAGAGAAGCAGAGAAGUUGGAGAAGGACAGGAAGGAUCCGGCAAAGGACAAGGAAAGAUUGAAGGAAAGAGAAAAGGACCAUCCAAAGAGAGAAACUUGGAAUGGGCUGGAGAAAGAGGGAGUGUCCUCUGAGAAGGACACUGCAGAUCUGCCUGUGAAAACAACAGAGCAGGAAACUUCGGUAUCUGACUUGAAAAAACAUAAAGAUUUUGAUGUCUGGAAAAAUGUUGACAAGGAUGCUAGAGAAAGAAAGAAAGAGCGAGACACAAAUAUGGAAGUCGAUAGAACUGAAAAGCGUGGUAGAGGAUAUGAGAAAGAAUCAGAAGAUGGAUGUGCAGAUGCUGAAGGGAUGGAAAGGGAAAGGGAAGUGUUUAAUUAUGAUGGAGUUCAGCAGCGAAAGAGAAUGCUUCGACCUAGGGGUAGCCCUCAAUUGUCAAGAGGUGACCCUCGGUUUAGGUCCCGUACUCAGGAUAAUGAAGGGUCUCAAGGAAAGUCUGAAGUUUCCUCUGUCAUAUAUAAAGUUGGUGAAUCCAUGCAAGAACUGAUAAAGCUAUGGAAGGAAUAUGAAUCAUCUCAAGAAGAUAAAGAUGCUGUUACCUCACCUAAUGGUCCCACUCUUGAAAUUAGAAUUCCAGCAGAACAUGUAACUGCUACAAAUCGCCAAGUUAGAGGUGGCCAACUAUGGGGGACUGACACAUAUACAUAUGACUCUGAUCUAGUUGCUGUUCUAAUGCACACAGGUUACUGCCGCCCCACGGCUUCUCCCCCACCUUCUGCGAUCCAAGAAUUGCGUGCUACUAUCAGAGUGCUGCCUCCUCUAGAUUGUUACAUUUCUACUUUGAGAAACAAUGUGCGCUCCCGUGCUUGGGGUGCUGCAAUUGGUUGCAGUUAUCGCGUUGACCAUUGCUGCAUUGUGAAGAAAGGAGGUGGGACGAUUGAUCUUGAGCCUUGCAUAACGCAUACAUCGACAGUGGAGCCGACGCUUGCUCCUGUUGCUGUUGAGCGGACCAUGACUACACGAGCAGCAGCAUCGAAUGCACUGCGGCAACAAAGAUUUGUUCGAGAAGUUACAAUACAAUACAAUCUCUGCAAUGAACCUUGGAUUAAGUAUAGCUUGAGCAUUGUCGCGGACAAGGGCCUGAAAAAGCCCCUAUAUACAUCUGCACGUCUGAAAAAAGGAGAAGUGCUGUAUCUGGAGACACAUUCCUGCAGAUACGAGCUCUGUUUCACUGGAGAAAAGAUGGUCAAAGCUACUACAGCUUCUCAAAUGCAUGAAGCUGAAACAGAGAAAUCCCAAAAUCACCACUCACAUUCCAUGAAUGGAGAGAGAAAUGACACUGAAAAUACUGUGAUCGAUGUGUUUCGGUGGUCUCGAUGUAAGAAGCCUCUUCCCCAGAAAGUUAUGCGGUCAGUCGGAAUUCCUCUGCCCCCUGACUAUCUGGAGGUAUUGGAGGAGAAUCUGGACUGGGAGGAUGUGCAGUGGUCACAAACUGGGGCUUGGAUAGCUGGAAAAGAAUACUCAUUUGCUCGGGUGCAUUUUCUGUCAUUGAAUUAGCCCUGGUUGUGACUGUUUUAUUUCUCUGUCCUUAUUUCAUACACUUCCUGUGGAGAUUCCGGGUGCAUAUUGAUUUAAAUUAACUAGCGAGUGUAUUGGUCUUUAUCUUGAGUUAUUUUGUGGAUAACAUCACUAGAAAAGCUAGCCCUGACCACAAAUUAGCCCUGUAAAUAUGCAAUAUCCUGGAGUCAUGUAGGUUUGGCUUGUUAUGUAAACCAUUUGUUUGAUAAAUUGAUAUGUAAUUCAGUUUUCGUGUCU